CCGGCUGGAACUGCCAGUGGCAGCAGCAACAGGAGGAGGAGGAGUGGGCGUGGGAGUGAAAAGCCAGGAUCCAAGGGCGGCGUUUAGUGAGAGUCGCUACUGUUUCACGUAAUGCUGUGGUGCCGCUGCUGGGCGUUCCAACAAGUACUGUACACCGAGUGACAAAAACAGACGUGGCAGCGAAAAUGAGGCGGGCGAGCUCGCCCGGGGCCCUUUUUCAGGGCUUGCUAGCUCUAACCACCACAGCUAGAAGGAAAGCAGGACGACAAGGAGUUUCGGGCUUUUGUUUGACUCCGGCAUCCCGCGAGCACGGGAACACGCACAGGGAAAGAUCCAGCGCACUCGUUGGGUGGACGCUUGCGGAGCCGUGCUGCGAAGCCUGGUCUAGUGCCGCAGACACACACACACACACACACACACACAGUCGCCAUGUCGCCGUCGUGGCUUGUGUGUGCGCUCCGGGCUUGAUCGGGUUGGGUCAGGUUAGCCGACUAGCAUCGCAUCUAGACGAGCUGCCCUGGUUCCACUGGCUUUAUUUGCUGGAAUCAUCGGUAGCCUUUUGAUUUCUGGUCCACAUGGCAGCGCAGCCGUCAGCGGCACCCGCAGCUCGCAGGUGUUGAGUCUUUCAGUUGU